UCCACCAACAUUGUCCACACUCCAAGCCUUUGUUCAGCUCAGAGUAGUUCAAGUUCAACUUGUUGCACUACAUAGUACAAAACACAAAGCUAAUAGUUGUUUACUUCAACUAUCACAGCCAUUACAAGUAAACCAAAACCAUGGCAUGUUCUCCAUCUCCUAUAUCUGCAUUCUCCUUUGCCAAUCCAUCAUCACUUCGCAGACCCCGAACUUCACCUUCUUAUGUUCUAAACCCGAGAGCUAUGGCCAAAGAACUUUACUUGAACCAUGAUGGUUCAGCCACAAAGAAGCUUCUGGCAGGGGUGGACAUGGUGGCAGAGCUGCUUGGUGUUACAUUGGGUCCCAAGGGGAGAAAUGUUGUGCUGCAGAACAAGUAUGGGCCACCCAAGAUUGUAAAUGAUGGAGAAACUGUUCUCAAAGAGAUUGAAUUGGAAGAUCCGUUGGAGAAUGUUGGAGUUAAAUUGGUGAGGCAAGCUGGUGCAAAAACCAAUGACUUAGCUGGUGAUGGCUCAACUACAUCUGUCGUUCUUGCUCAUGGCUUAAUCACAGAGGGGACAAAGGUUAUUGCAGCUGGAAUGAAUCCUGUUCAAAUUGCUCGUGGGAUUGAGAAGACAGCGACAGCACUUGUUUCUGAACUCAAUUUGAUGUCUAGAGAAGUUGAGGAUCAUGAACUUAUAGAUGUUGCUGCAGUCAGUGCUGGGAAUGAUUACCUACUUGGAAAGAUGAUUUCUGACGCUCUGCAUCAAGUAGGUAGGAAGGGAGUAGUAACAAUUGAAAAAGGAAAGUGCAUUGAGAAUAGUCUAGAGAUUGUAGAAGGAAUGCAAUUUGAUCGUGGAUAUCUAUCCCCAUACUUUGUCAAUGAUCGAAGAAAGAUGACAAUUGAACUCCACAACUGCAAGUUGCUUUUGGUAGACAAAAAAAUCACAAACCCAAAGGAGCUGAUUAACAUAUUGAACUGUGCCGUGAAAGAGAAGUAUCCAAUUGUGAUAGUUGCAGAGGGAAUUGAGCAGGAAGCUCUUGCUCCAGUUAUUAAAAAUAAACUCAGGGGAGUGCUUAAGGUAGCUGCUAUUAAGGCUCCUGCCUUUGGUGUACGCAAGACCCACUGUCUAGAAGAUAUUGCCAUCUUGACUGGAGGUACUGUAAUCAGAGAAGAUAUGGGUUUCACCCUAGAAAAGGCUAGCAAGGAUAUGCUGGGUUCUGCUACAAAGGUUUUUAUAACAAAGAAUUCUACCUUAAUAGUUACUGAUGCGAGUACUCGAGCAGCUGUUGAGAAGAGGGUUUAUCAACUUAAAAGACUAGUUGAGAAUACUGAAGAAAAUUUCCAAAAGAAGAUACUGAAUGAAAGAAUAGCAAGAUUAUCAGGGGGCAUUGCCAUUCUUCAGGUAGGAGCACAAACACAAGUUGAGUUGAAGGAUAAACAAUUAAGAAUGGAAGAUGCUUUAAAUGCAACCAAGGCAGCAAUCGAGGAAGGUGUAGUAGUUGGUGGUGGCUGUAGCCUUUUAAGGCUUUCCCAAAAGGUGGAUGGCAUCAAAAAACUCCUGGACAAUGAAGAACAAAAGAUUGGAGCUGAAAUCUUCAAAAGAGCUUUGAGCUAUCCUGCUAGAAUGAUAGCAAAAAAUGCUGGUGUAAAUGGCAAUGUCGUCAUAUAUAAGGUUUUAUCAGACGAUAACAUGAAUUUUGGUUACAAUGCUGCUAGAGACUGUUAUGAGGAUCUCAUGAAAGCUGGGAUCAUGGAUCCAACAAAGGUAGUCAGAUGUUGUAUAGAGCAUGCAGCUUCUGUGGCCAAGACAUUUCUAACAUCUAAUGCUGUUGUGAUUGACCGCAUGGAAUUAAAGCCCAUACCACGAAGAAAACCCAUGCCUACCUCAGUUUACUCAAAUCCUGCUUUGUCAAAAGGUUUAGGACCACCUGGCUUUUAAAAAGGAAAGUUGUAAGUUCAGUUCUGGUCUUGGAAACCAGAUUUUAUUUCAGCAAGAGCAAUGAAGAAACACUAGAAAUACAUGGCUGGACUAUAAAUCCUUAUAUAUUCUUUGUACAAAUGAUGGCAUUGAUCGAUCCCGGGAACCCCAUAUGAUGUUCAUCAAAAGGAAGUUGUUAACAUGAAUGCAGAAGGAAAACGUUUGCCUCGUUGUCCAAUUCUGACCGGGGAUGUUAGAAAUAUCUUUAAUUGUUGGAUGGAAUAUAGAAGCUGUCAUCCAAUGUUAUAGGAUGUUACAUAUAAAGCAAUUUAAAUGCAUUAUGCUUCUGUCAAACAAAUAACAUAAUAACAGAUGGGUGUUCAUGAGUCAGUCACAGUAAAUCUAAUACAU